AUGGACUCCAAAGGCAGUGAAACAAGCCAAUUUUCAACUCCUAUGCUUUCCACAGUCAAUGAUGGCAUUGACAUCCUGGGAAAUGAGCAAAGUGAAGCUUCUCCAACACCACCAAUUCUUGUCCUCACCACCCUUUCUGCUGUUUUGGGUUCUUACGUUUUUGGGUUUGCUAUCGGAUAUUCAUCCUCUACUCAAUCUGGCAUCAUGCAUGAUCUACACCUGACUCUCGCCCAGUACUCAACUUUUGGUUCAAUAUUGACCAUUGGAGCGACAGUUGGUGCCAUUGUAAGUGGUAGAAUAGCAGAUUAUGCGGGUCGACGAGUUGCCAUGAGUUUCUCGGAGGUUUUAUGCAUCUUGGGAUCAGUUACCAUAGCAUUCUCAAAGGUUGCUUGGUGGCUUUAUGUUGGAAGAAUGUUGAUAGGAUGUGGGAUUGGCAUAAUAUCUUAUGUGGUUCCAGUCUACGUAGCAGAAAUAACACCCAAGAAUAUUAGAGGAUCAUUUACUGGAGGUCAUCAGCUAAUGGCUUGUUGUGGCCUGUCAUUAACUUAUCUUAUUGGUGCAUUUUUUAAUUGGCGGAUUUUGGCAGUGAUUGGAACUGUUCCGUGUGUUGUGCAGCUUCUGACUCUUCCCUUCAUCCCUGAUUCUCCAAGGUGGCUGGCUAAGGUUGGUAGGUUGAAAGAGAGUGAUUCUGCUUUACAGCGCCUAAGGGGAAAGCAUGCGGAUGUUUAUCAAGAGGCCACUGAAAUCAGAGAUUACACAGAAACCCUUCGGCCACACACAGAAGCUAGCAUUAUUGGCUUAUUUCAGUUGCAGUAUUUAAAGACGCUUACUGUAAGUGUAGGCUUGAUGGUACUGCAACAGUUUGGAGGGAUUAGUGGCUUUCUUUUUUAUACAAAUUCCAUAUUUAUCUCUGCUGGGUUUCCAGAUAGUAUUGGAACAAUAGCAAUGGUUGCUGUUAAGAUCCCAUUGACAACUUUAGGAUUACUUUUGAUGGAUAAAUGUGGAAGACGACCACUUUUACUGGCAUCUGCUAUAGGAACAUGCUUAGGAAGCUUCCUGACAGCCUUAUCAUUCUUCUUGAAGGCUUGCCUGAUACAGGAUUCACAGGAAUGGAAGGGAAUAAGUCCCAUUAUGGCGCUUGUUGGUGUCCUGAUAUUUCCCAUUAAUGUGAAGGCCUCUGCUGGAAGCCUAGUAACCUUGGUUCACUGGUCCUGUUCCUGGAUUGUUUCAUAUGGUUUUAACUUUCUCACAAGUUGGAGUUCAGCAGGAACUUUCUUCAUAUUCUUUGGCAUAUGUGGCCUCACUGUUAUCUUCGUAGCAAAACUAGUACCAGAGACCAAGGGCCGUACACUUGAGGAAAUUCAAGCUUCUUUGAACUCCUCCUAA